AUGUCAUUAUUCGGUGGAGCUGCAUCGCAAGCACGUAGUCGCAAUUUAGUUGAAUUUAAAGCAGGAAAAAUGAACUUACGCGGUACAAUGGUUCAUCCGGAUAAACGUAAAGGUCUUGUUUAUUUAUAUCAAGGCAAUGAUAUGUUAAUGCAUUUCUGUUGGAAAGAACGAUCAAGUAGUACAGCUGAAGAUGAUCUUGUCAUAUUUCCAGAUGAAAUUGAAUUUAAAAAAGUUACACAAAAUACAACAGGACGUGUUUAUAUUCUUAAAUGGCGAAGUAAUGCUCGAAAAUUAUUCUUUUGGAUGCAAGAACCAAAAGAAGAUAAAGAUGAAGAAUGGUGUAAAAAAAUUAAUGAUCUUUUAAAUUCACCACCAACACCUGGAUUUGGUGAUGAUAGUAGUGGAGCUGGUGGAUUAGGUGGUGGCGCUCAUCCAUUACAAUCACUUAUGGAUCGAAUGACAGGUGGUAGUGGCGCAGGUGGUAUUGAUCCAAAUGAUUUAUCGAAUGUUCUUCGUGGAAUGAAUCCAAACGAUUUGGCUUCGUUGUUAUCAUCGGUUGGAAGUGGUGGUGGUGCUCCAGGUUUGAUGCAAGGUAGUCAGCGUGGUAGGGUAUUACCUGGUUCAUCAACUCAACCCUCAACAUCUCUUCUAGAUGCAUUUGCUCAGCAAACACCCGAUUCUCGACCGAAUACAGCACCAGCUGGAACUCGUGCUACUGGAACAGCAGCACCAACAGCUACAGCUAGUGCUGGAACGACAUCGGCUUCAAGUACUCGUCCAAGUGGUUCAUCAUCAUCAUCUUCGUCAUCGAAACCUCGUAAUGGUGGAACAAGUUCAUCACCAUCAACAGUUGUUCCAACAAGUGGAACUAGUUCAGGAGCAGCGGGUGGACCAAAAGGUGGUCCCAUACAAAUGAGUGCACUUUCGAAUAUUCUAGCUAAUUUAAGUAGUGGUACUACAACACAAGGAGCUGGUGGCGCAGGUUCAGACAAACCUGCUAUUGACCUUUAUGACAUAAUGUCGAGUGAACAUUUAAUCCCAAUAUUAAGUAAUAAAGAAGUUCAAGAAACUUUACGAGCUCAUUUACCAGAUGGCAAUGUAGUAUCAGGUUCAGAAAAAGAAUUAAGAGAAUCAGUACAAUCACCACAAUUUCGACAAGCUGUUAGUACAUUUAGUGUUGCUUUACAAACAGGCCAAUUAGGUCCAGUUUUGGCUCAAUUUGGUUUACCAGAAGAGGCUAUAACAGCUGCAAAUGAAGGUGAUAUGCAAGCAUUUGCGCAAGCAAUGGAAAAACAUUAUAAAAAAUCUAAUGAAGAAACUGAUGAGAAAAAAUCUUCGGAUAAUACAAUGGAUACAAACUAA